AUGUUUUCUAUUCCUGUAGGACCAUGCUUCACAGGUAGUACCGCCUGCAAGAUGCCUCCCGCUGUGUUAGAUCCCAUGGACAUCUGGGCGGCCGAUACACAGCUCCUUCCUGAUGUCACUGUGGACAUUCUACUCCCCACUGGAAUCUAUGUUCAGAUGGUGGUACCUCGGGAUGCAUCCAUAUCACAGAUUAAACAGCUUGCAUGGAAACAUGCACAACGUUACCCCCUUUUCCACUUGCUCCUGGAGAUUGACUCCUACAUGUUCCAGUGUGUCAAUCAGACAGCUGUUCAUGAGGAACUGGAGGACGAGACCCGGCGGCUGUGUGAUGUUCGACCUUUUCUGCCUGUCCUGAAACUGGUAUCCAAAAGCUGUAACCCAGCAGAGAAACUAGAUUCCAGAAUAGGGGUCUUAAUAGGAAAAGGUCUCCAAGAAUUUGAUGCCCUUCCAGAUAAUGAGGUCAGAGAUUUCCGUAGUAAGAUGAGGAAGAUAAGUGAGGAAAAGAUGCAGUCAAUGCUUAAUCUCAGCUGGCUGGAAUGGCUUAAAUGCACCUUUCCUCCUGAACUGGAGCCAUCCAUCCAGGACAAUAUUCAGGACCGACUGUAUGGGGGAAACCUUGUGGUGGCUAUCCACUUUGAAAACUGCCAGAUUGGCUCCUGCUGCUGUCAAUCACAUCAUGUGAACAGGGGUGGGACCGAGCCA